AUGACUACCCUACUUCCCGCCACACCAUUCCAACGGCCGUUCCCUCGUCCGUUCAAAACGAGGAACCUCGUUCCCGCGUCCUCUUUCGGUCCCAGAAAUGUCAAAAUCAUUACUCCCAUGAAAUCAAAACAAGGAAUCACUGCUGGAUGUUCUUUGUUUGAUGAUGCGUCGCCUUGCGAAGAAGUCCCUCUGUUGAGUGAAUGGCCUCAGCUGCUCAAGCUCUCGGCCAGGUCCGGCGAUUUCUUACUGGGUCUCGCGAUACACUCGUUUUUGGUGAAAUCAGGGUUUGGGGAUGACCCGUUUAAGGGCAAUAAUGUUGUGGAGUUCUAUUCGAAAUUGGGCAGAAUGGAUUUAGCGAGGAAGGUGUUUGAUGAAAUGCUUGUGAGAAAUACCAUUACUUGGACUUCGUUGAUUAAGGGAUACUUCGAUAAUGAAGACCGUGCGGGCAUGCUUGAAACUGUGGUUAAGAUGCAUCAACUGGGAGAAAAUUUCAACGAGCAUACUUGCUCUGUGAUUCUGCAGGCGUGUAGCUCACAAGGGGAUCGGAUAUUGGGGGAACAAAUUCAGGGUUUUGUUGUGAAAUAUGGGUUUGAGGAGAAUGUUUUUGUGAGCACUUCUUUGAUUUCGAUGUACUCGAGAAGUGGGCAUUUGAAUGAGGCGGAGAAAAUAUAUAGAAGCAUUCCGAGUAAAGAUGUUCGGUGCUUCAACUUCAUGAUUUUGGAAUAUGGUAAUGGGGGUUGUUGUGAGAAGGCUAUGGAGGCUUUCGUGGAUCUGCUUUAUGCUGAUUUGCAGCCAAAUGAUUAUACAUUCACUAACGCGAUUAGCAUGUGCAAUGAAAAUCUAGGUGCCGACGAAGGUAGGCAAUUACAUGGACUUGCAAUUAAGUUUGGUUUUGUAGAUGAAAUGUCAGUUGGAAAUGCAAUUAUUUCCAUGUAUGGAAAACAUGGAAUGGUUGAAGAGGUUGAGACAGUGUUUUCUGCUAUGAACCACAGGAAUUUGAUUACUUGGACUGCACUUGUCUCAAGCUACAUAAGGAAUGGUCUUUAUCAACAAGCUUUAGAUGCGUUCUUUGUGUUCCGAGGACUUGGUGUCAACUGUGACUCUAACUUGUUUUCUACCAUUCUCAAUGGAUGUCUUGAAUGGCAGAAGUUAGAAUUGGGAGCUCAAGUCCAUGCAUUAAUUGCAAAACUGGGUUAUCUCCAUGAUCCUCAGGUUGUUGCUGUUCUGAUAGAAUUAUAUGCCAAAUGUGGGAACAUGCAGUUGGCAAGAGUUAUGGUAAGUUCAAAUAUGAGUACAACUUCAUUCAAUGCCUUUCUAACAGCGUAUAUGGACAAGUGUGGAGCUGAUGACGGAGAUCCCUUGGUUCUGUUUAGCCAGUUAAGAUCUGAUGGAAACAAACCUGAUUCUGUCUCUUUCUCACGGCUCUUCAGUUUAUCUGCUACUCAACCUUCCUUAGUAAGUGGGAAGACCCUUCAUACUUGUGCUAUCAAAACAGGUUAUGAGAAGGACGUUUCUGUGGCGAACUCUAUGAUUACAAUGUAUGCCAAAUGUGGAAACCUUGAUGAUGCUCAUCAAAUCUUCAAAGAAAUCAAUGGCCAUGAUCUUGUGUCAUGGAAUGCUUUAAUCUCUGCUUAUGGUCUUCAUGGUAGAGGACAAAAGGCACUCCUUCUGUUUGAACAAAUGAAGACAGAAGGCUUCACUCCUGAUGAGAUCACAUUAUUGGCGAUCCUCCAAGCCUGCAGUUACUCGGGUUUGUGGGAGGAUGGUAUAUACUUGUUCAGUUCAAUGGAGUCAAAAUAUGGUAUUCAGCCAUCAGUUGAGCAUUAUUCUUGCAUGAUUGAUCUUUUGGGCCAUGCUGGCUAUCUAUCAGAGGCUGUAGAUAUCAUUAACGAGAGCAGUUUUUCUCGUUCUCCUUUGCUUUGGAGAACAUUGGUCAAUGUUUGCAAAUUACACGGAGAUAUGAAUAUUGGUAGGCUGGCUUCCAAAAAUCUGCUUGAUUUGUCUCCUGAAGAGGCUGGAUCUUAUAUACUAGUAUCGAAUAUGUAUGCUGGGAAAGGAAUGUUACCUGAGGCAGCUAGAGUAAGGACCAUUAUGAAUGACUUGAACUUACACAAGGAGGCUGGUGUUAGCUGGAUUGAGAUUGAUAACAAAUUCCAUCACUUUGUUGCUAGUGGAAAAGAUCAUCCACAAGUCAAAGAGAUCUAUUUUAGAUUGGAUUUGUUGACAAAUGAGAUGAAAUGGAACUCUGAUGGUGGCCUUCAUGAGGAGAGAGUUGUGCCUUCAAUUUUUGUGAAUAGCACAGCAAAUCCAGUUCCCUUCCACCCUGCAUACUCGACGAGGACAACAUUAUCUUUCACCAGUGCAAGUGGUAGCUCUAGGGCUGAAUUGAAGGUCCUAGCAUUCUGGUGUCUGGUUUCACCUCCGCAUAGGGAAAGACAGUGGAAGAGAGCUAAAGAGAACAAGCAGUCAUAGAUGGUUGAAACGAGUCGUUCAGUGGGAUCCUUGUGCUUUUUUAAGUUCAGCAUCAUCAAGACAAGAAGAUGAGACAUCAAAAUCUUAAACAUCCCCGGGAAUUAAGGUUUUGGAGUAUGUUGGUUAACGAAUCAUGUUAUAACGAAAAGAGAAGAAUUUUCCCCAGUCGGGAUUAGGGGAAAAGGUCAAGGAUAAUCAACAUCGGUAUUAUCGAAACCAACAAUCAAAGCGUUCAAAAAGAAAAAAAAGAAAGAAAAGGGAAAGCAAAUAAGCCAUGAUGAUG